AUGGGUGCUGGUGCAGCCGCGCUGCUCCUCCUCGCCCUGGGGCACCUGGCCGGGCUGCUGGCUUCGGCCACGACGUGUGGGAACGUCUACCAAGGCUUCUCCGACUGCGUCUUAAAGCUGGGGGAAAACAUGGCCACGUACGAGGAGGUGGACAGCCUUGAGCUGCAGGGAUCGCGCCGAGUCUGCGGGUACUGGGACGAAUUCCACGCGUGCGCCCUGACGGCGCUCUGGGAGUGCCAGAAGGAAGCUGCGGCCGUCUGGGAGAUGCUGAAAAGAGAGUCUCGAAAGAUCAAAUUUCCAGGCAGCUUAUUUGAGCUCUGCAGCCCCGGCGCAGCCCAGAGCUUUGCCUGCACGCGCGUUCCACACGUUUCCAUCCUCGGGAUCCCUCUCAUGGUCACUUGGCUGAACUUAUAAGCAGCAGCUCUGUAAGUAUCACAACCAAGAGGUGGUGGCGGUGGCAUGUGUCACCACCUUUGUGAUCACGCGUUCGUGUUUCCAAACCUUUGAGGAAGAUGGUGUGCAGAGCCCAGGGAACACCUGGCUCUGCC